CUUCACGUUUAUACUGGUCUAAAUGAUACCUCCCCGCCUGCUGCCGACGUCCGUUUCUCCCACCAUCCCUCACCGUCUGUGCCGCCGCCGGGUGUGGGAUUUGCGGAUGAUCCCUUGCAGCCUUGCUUCCGUAUGAGCCGCGUCGCAUCUCAGGAUCGCUUCAACUGCUGUCAUGACGAACGAGAUCUCUCUGUUGAAGCCUCUAGGCUACCAAAGAAAGAACUCAUGUGGAUAUUGCAAGAGUGCCACAGGCAGCUCAUCAUUUUAUAUAUCAUGCGACAAUAUGAGAGUUGAUCAUUAUCAGGAAUUGAUGGACAGGGGUUGGAGGAGAUCAGGCACACUCUAUUACAAACCUGACCUGCCUCGAUCAUGUUGUCCACACUAUACAAUUCGCGUCAGAAUUCAGGUCGAAGAAAGACCAACGUCAGCCCCUGAAUCGAUGGAACGAUUUCGUACUAGGACCGGAAUAUCGGCGACAAGCUGCCAUACUGUGUCCUCGAAGGAAAAGCGACGGACGCGAGACAAGUUCGAACUAUUGACUGCUGUUCACAAAGCUGAAUACGACCAUGUGAAACGUCCUGUCAGCAAGCGGACCGGACAGCCUAUUGAACCGGCCCAUAGGUUCGAGGUCAGCCUUGAAGGGGAUGGCUUUAGCAAAGAGAAGUAUGGGGUCUUCAUCAAGUAUCAGGUAGAGAUACACAAAGAUCCCAUCUCGCGAUGGGGUGAAAAAGCCUUCAAGCGCUUCCUCUGCAGUGGACUGGACCGCAAGAUACUCAAGAUUGACGGGAAAACCCUCAAGUUGGGGUCUUACCAUCAAUGUUAUCGCCUGGACGGAAAACUUGUUGCGGUCGCAGUCCUGGACUUACUCCCACACGCAGUGAGCUCGGUGUACUUGUUCCAUGACCCCGAAUAUCAGCAAUGGGAUUUCGGAAAGAUGAGUGCACUUCGCGAAAUAGCGCUGGCUCUAGAAGCGAAGUAUGAGUACUACUACAUGGGUUAUUAUAUUCAUUCCUGCAUCAAGAUGCGUUACAAAGGUACCUUUUCGCCAAGCUAUCUGCUUGAUCCUGAGAGUCUGGAGUGGUGUCUGUUCGAUGAAAACUACCGACAUGAGCUCGACAAGAGAACAUAUGUAUCACUUUCGCACGACCGCAUAUAUGGACCACCAGGUGAACAUAUCAAGGAGCAUUCAGACCAAGCUUCAGCGUUGCCAGCUGCGAAUGCCAAUGCAAGAGAUGCUCCAGAGACCACGAAAGAAAGAUCCGACACCUACGACGACGACCAGGACCUUGAGUUCGACGAUGCGCCUAGCGACGAAGAAGACGCCGAGAUACCUGAAGGGUCAUUAUUUGAUUAUGAUAUUCCUGGUGUACUUACCAAAGAGGAGGUGAAAGGCCUUGAUUUAGACCACUGGCGACUGCUGGUACGGAAUGCUUUGGUCGAACUGGAGGAUCUACGAGGUUGGGAAGAUUGGAAAAUAGAUGAUCCCGGGUCCAUCAAAGGUAUUGCUGCUGAAAUGAUCGCCGCGACUGGCCCCGAAUUACUCCAGAAUUCUGCCCUUGUACUGUUCUGAGCUCAUCUUAAGCACGCACCUGUUGCGGCCCACCCAGCGGGAAGAUGUCAGACCGAAUCGUUGAGCGGUAAACCAACUUGGACUGUGUCAGCAGAAGACGCUGAAGCUUCAGAGUAUCAACAUCACCAGGGGCAGAUCUAACCCUUUAAGUUGACCUAAGUCGAGAACAUUUGUUCGUAUGGAGCGCAGCACAGUCAUUCGCUGUUCUGGACAUUCGUGAAUACGCAGUUCUCGGC